GUGCUUCUUCAGACCUAUUAAAAAAGUGUAAAGCAGUGCAAGACUAAUAAGUCUCCUCUAGUUUCUACUAUCAGCCUCAAUAGAUGGCGCAGGCAAAUAGCACUGGCAAAGAUAGUAGAUGGUCUCUUCAUGGAAUGACUGCUCUUGUCACUGGUGGAACCAAAGGAAUUGGGUACACUAUUGUGGAGGAAUUGGCGAGGCUAGGUGCAACUAUACAUACUUGUUCUCGUAAUGAAGUUCAGCUUAACGACUGCUUGAGUCAAUGGAAAAUGAAGGGUUUUGAGGUCACUGGUUCGGUAUGUGAUGUGGUCUCAAAAGCUCAACCAAAAGAGCUUAUAAACAAGGCCUCAUCACUAUUUUACGGCAAACUUAACAUCCUUAUAAACAACGUGGGAACUGCCGAACUAAAACCAUCAAUCGAGAGCACAACUGUGGCUAACCCGGUCCAUUUUAACACCUCUAUUUCAGGAGCAAUGGACCAGUUGGCAAAAAACUUAGCAUGUGAGUGGGCAAAAGACAACAUAAGGACCAACAGUGUUGCACCUUGGUUCAUCAAAACUCCCCUCACUGAGCUUCAUGCGCAUUCAUCUUCUCUAUGGUCUCUUCAUUACUUGCAGCUUCUGAGUAACCAAAAUUUUUUGGAGGCUGUCAACUCUCGAUGCCCUUUAGGACGGAUUGGAGAGCCAAAAGAGGUGUCCGCCUUGGUGGCAUUUCUAUAUGCUUCCCUGCAGCGUCUUACAUAA